UCAACAAGUUCGAGUCUUAGUGAGCUCUGUGAGUAAGAAGAAAUUUGUGCGAUACGUGUGUGAUUUCUUAAAGUUUAUCAAUACUUGAUAUUCUACUUUAUCCACCAGGACCAGAUACCCAAAACUAUCCCUAAACAUCAUGUCCUACGUACAGUUCUUUGUUGCCAGCUGCCUUGCUAUUGUGCUGAUUUCCGUGUCCUUGCAUGCAACGGAGGCGGCGACACAGGCUCCUCUUUGCCAGCCCGGCAUUCUCGAGGAGAUGCCCACACACAUCAAGAAAGUCUGCAUGGCGCUAGAGAAUUCAGAUCAAUUGACAACGGCCCUCAAAUCCUACAUCAAUAAUGAAGCAUCAGCCCUGAUGACCAACUCUGAUGAUCUGCUGAAAAACUACAACAAACGUACCGAUGUGGAUCACGUUUUCCUGCGAUUCGGCAAGCGUCGCUAGAUCGACACUAAAGGACUCACCGACUCCCUUCCCUCAGACGGACUGACAGAACGAACAUGGCUAACGAGCAAGCACGCGCAUUUGGUGGAACAACAACAGCAACAACAAUUUAAACAAAUAAAUAGUACUUAUAAUUAUGGCAAUGCAACAUAAUCGUGUUUACCAGUUUUUGUGUACUUUAUUAUUACUCCAAGGAAGCUCUCUAGUUUAAUAAUAACAACACACUUAUAGAAAUGUUUAAUGUUUUCUUAUUGUAAAUACUUAGAAAGGACCCCCGAAAUGUUCUAAAUAAGUUGAUCUCUUUGUGCAUAACGCUUAUUAUUGCGAUUGUUUAUUAAUGCAUCUUUAAAUAAAAAUGUUGUAGUCCAUUUUUGGUAUUUAACGGGCUUUUCACAUCAACAUUUUUGCUUUAGACCUAAAAAGUAAACCCACAUAUACUACAUAGAUACAUAUAUCGCACAUAUUUCCUUAACAUGAAGCACUCAAAUUUAAUAACCCCAAAGUCUAAGACUAUAAUCACAAUACUAAAAUGAAUUUUGUACGACAAUUAUAAUAUUAUAUUGAUUUUCAUAAUAAAGACAACUUUUCCUCUCAAAUUGGAAGCAUGCGAAAAUGCA